AGUUGAAAAUUUUUGGCCAUACCUCAGGGACGGAUCCCUUAGUUUCCUAAAUUUUGUUGGGGCCGGGAGACACUCACUCAAGAUGAGUUCGGUGUCGGAAUUGGUUGGUGAUGGCAGGUGUGCACAGCUGCAGCAGGUUGUGGACUGUGCAGCCGGCAGGUUCGUCUGCUUCACCAGGUGCACAGCUGCAGCCUGGAGCAUCAGUGUGACUGAUGGGGUUGAUGUGUGGAUAUGGCAGGCUGGGCAGGCAGAACUGGACGCUCAUAGGGAUGUUGCUGAGCUGUCCAGUUUUGAAGCAUACUUUUCCAGGUUCAGAACGGCAUUCCUGGCAGGAGAGGUCAGUAUAUCAGGGACAGGUCACAGGUUGCAGUGCACCCUGGGAAAGGGCAGCUCGACCUUGACCUACGACCUAUAUGAGGCAACAGCCAGUGAGAGGAAAGAAGAGCUGAAACACAUCUUGUUUAGACUGGCUGAUAAAGUUACAGAGUUGGACCAGAAACUGGCAGACUCCACUGUCAGGUUGGAUGCAUUGCGGCAGAACCAUCCAGAGCGCCAGGUUGGGGGGAAGGGUGGUGCUGGAUUCGAUUUGGAUAUGCAGAGAAACAGAGGACCUGCUGCUAAAGUCAGGAGAAAGGAGGGAUACAGCAUACUCAACCCAGAGAGUAAAAGGGUGAAGGCCCCUCGUGGAGUACACUUUGACGAUGAGGAAGACAGCAGUUAGACCUUUGGUUUACUAGUCCCUGACAUAUAUCAUCACCGAUCAGGUCUGCUGCUUGAACAUUCACAUGUUGGAACAUACAUAAUAAUAGUUCUUCUCAUCAGAUUUCAACUGACUGAACUUGUUGACCGAUCAACUAUUUUGUACAUGCAGAUAUAAAAUAAAAAUCACUUAAUGAAAUACAAUCUGGGGUGCCCCAAGGCAUAAUUUUGGGUCCACUGUUGUUGUAGAUAAAUGAUGUUUUAGCUAAUAAAACUGGUGUGUUACUGGUUAUGUGAAACAAAGAGGCUGUUUCCCAUCAGAUUUCAACUGACUGAACUUGUUAACUGAUCAACUAUUUUGUACAUACAGAUAUAGAAUAACAAUCACAUAAUGAAAUGUCUACAUGAUGUGAACACUAAAUGAAAUACAAUCUGGGGUGCCCCAAGGCAUAAUUUUGGGUCCACUGUAGUUGUAGGUAAAUGAUGUUUUAGCUAAUAAAACUGGUGUGUUACUGGUUAUGUGAAACAAACAAAGAGGCUGUUUCCCAUCAGAUUUCAACUGACUGAACUUGUUGACUGAUCAUCUAUUUUGUACAUAAAGAUAUAGAUAACAAUCACAUAAUGAAAUGUCUACAUGAUGUGAACACUAAAUGAAAUACUGUUACAUGUAUACAAUCUAGGG